ACUCAAGCACUUACUCUGUUUCUCCAUCAAAUGCCGCGCAACGCCAUCUCAACAACCUGCCCGCGGUCAUUCCUCUUCUGCGUCGUCGCCAACGUCGCCCCCAACACUGACACUGACACUGCUGCCAUCGACUGCCGCCCUCUCGCCAUCACCUACCGUCAAGGCCACGGCCACGUCCCGGCGCACGGCAACCAUGCCCCCGGCCAACGCGUCCGCCACGCCCUCGACGAUGUCGCCCGGGCCGUCGCCAUCCUAACCCACCCCGCUAACCGCUCCGCCCUGGAAGCCGAGCGGGCCCACGCCGUAGCCUGGUAUCGACAUGCCGGGGGCGCUGGGCCCAAAGUCACCGUCCCCGACGCCCCUCAGCCCGCCUUCGACAAGGAAUACAAGGGCCAUUGGCCCGAGCGCAUCGGCAAGCCCGACCGCCCCGAGCUGCCCUGCCGCCUCGACCCCUGCGAGUUCCCCUUCACCUCGACCUGUCUCCGCCUGGCCCUGACCGCCGACGACUUCUACCACACGAGGUACGGCGACGUCCAGGAGCAGCCCCUGAGAUGCGUCUUCCGCGCCGACAAGCUCGAGCAUGGCCUCGUAGUUAUCGAUGUGUCUAACCUCGACGAUAUACGCUACGGAUUCGUCGCCCCCGCUAUCCGCUAUGUGGCAGACAUAGCCCCCGACCCAGGCCCUGGCUGGGGUAUAGACCCUGUCGAGCCCCUGCCCCCCUUCCCUCAUCCUCCUACGCCCGAGGCCGAGAGGUCGCCCUCCCGCUCACCUAUGGCCGCCUCGGGAUUUAUGACAAAGUUUGGCCUCCACGAGUCCUCGCUGCCAUUGGCUUAUUUAAAACGGCACCGCGUUGUGGCGAGACACGCUCUCGACCAUAUCUGGCCCGUGUCUAUCGAGCGAAGGGGCCGUGGCUCGACUUCAAGGUCCGUCCCGUCUUGCCCAGAUGAUGGCGCAGGCGGGAGGGACCUUGAACCCACCAUCGACCGGAUUCUUCAAGACGCGGAGGGCGAAGAACAGGACGGACUAGACAUGACUCAUCUUCACCGGGCCUCCAUCGACCUCCCCGGCUUCCAGACCCAACUGAGCGAGAGGCUACGAGCCAGGCCCCACGGUCUCCAAGGUCUAUCCGCCUCGCCUCUCCUUCGGCUAGCCUUCGCGAACGCGUCACAUCUCAACCUAGCCGGUUUCACGGGCCUGAAAUUCGAAGCUAUCGCCACAUCCCUCCGGUCCGAGGAGCUCGCCGGGAUUCACGCUUUAAGUCUAGCCAUCGACGAGUGCACCGGCUCUCUCGAGGCGCUCCUCCAGAUCCUGAGCGAGACGGACGAUAUCAUAGACAUCUUCUUCCUAGCCCAUCCCAGCCGAUCCGAUGAUGAGCUCUCCUCGCGUACCUUUGCCGCCAUCUGCGCCUCCCCCCUUGCACCACACAUCCUCCGCUCUAAGCACAUCAAGCUCACGGGGGCCUUCUCCGCACCUCUCCGACGCAAGCCCUGGCUCCUCGACGUGCGGGGCGACAGGUUGGUCUCAGAGAGUCUAGCCCGGGCCUACCCCGUGCAGCACAUGUUCGUCCGCCAGCAGUUCACCGACCCCAUCACGGGCCCGCAAGGCCGCGAGGCCGGCCAUCCGCCUCAGUUCCGACCCCUGCACUUCUUCCUAGGUGACGGCCUCCUAGGACCGGAACGUCUCGUUCGGGGCUUCCUCCAGUACUGUACCCGCCUGCACGCAGACCGCUUCCUGACCAGCUUCGCUGCGUGUCCGCCCAAGGAGGAGGACGAGGACGAGGCCCUCCCCGGCAUCGCCGUCACCCCCAUCCCAGCUGAGAAUCUGGUCGCCCCAUGCUGGCCCCUCUUCACCGGCCUGGACCCUGGCAGCUGGGUCCUCGUCGUCUCGCACGAAUGGUACGUUGGCCCCAAGACGCUCGCCCGCCGUGCCCGCCUCACACGGCGUCGCAUCCCCACCGACGCGGCCUUUGGCGUGCCUGUGGUGCGGUACGCCUUUCUUCGCGCAAAGCAGCCCGUCGCCUGGCCGGAUCCCAGGACAAGGGACGCCGUUGAGUUGGUCGGCGACCUGAAGAGCUUCCUGCGCGAGGCCGGACACAGUGGCGAGGGGGACCUGGGAUGGGUGGACGCGCUGGUGGCGCAUACGGUGGCCUCGAUCCAGGAGACAUGGCAGCUAGAGCCGCUGCCACCGGAUCUCGGGUCCAUCAUGGCCAUGGACGACGACAUGGCCCGCUCCGUCUUUUCUGACUUUUUGGAGCACGCGGCUCACAUCAGGGGAGACGUGCGUGAAAAUACAGACGUCUUCGCCACACCACAAGGACCUGGUGACGCCCUGUGGCCAUAUGCUCUCGGGGCAGACAGGCCGGCGACGCCACCAGAGGGCUUCCCCUGGCUGCCGGGUGAGGCGUCAUCGGAGGAGGAUCUGUGAAGACGUAGAUAGAUGGUGGGGGCAAAAGCGGUGGAAGAGGGAGGCUGAGAAGAUUAUCAGGAGCAAGCUGAACGAUCAUCCGAGUAUCACGAUAACUAGCCUUUAUGAGUUGAGCGGGACUUUAGGGCUUCUACCACUGGCUCUCCCCCAGGCUGCGGACUUUAUCGGGGAGAAUGUAAUAACGGUACCAGGAUAUAUUAUAUACCUCCACGAAGACAGUAAGUCUCUUUAACAAGGAGUUAGUACUAUAAUAGUUCCGGAGCGCUCUAUUUCCGAGGACUUCUUACGGUCUCUAGCGGACUUCUUAGAGUAUAUAUUUUCUAUACCUAUGUUUCUACGUAAUUAUUACGACUAGUAUAUUAGAGGGAAUAGUAACGCAGUAGGGACGGUGUUAGGGCCGCGAGGUCCCUGCCUACCCGGUUUAGCCUUAAAGUCUUAUAUAAUAUCCCCCUUAUAAGGUAAUUCUACUAAUCUGUG